ACAGGCAGGAGUCUCUACAAUAGCCGCGGUGCUGGACUGACCACAGCUGACAAUUUACUCUCUGAUAAAGUAGUUUGAGUGCAUUGUGUAACGUGUUACCGCGGACACCUCAAGAGAUUGGUGUUUUGUUAAGGUUAUUGGCACAGUUGUUUUUUCAGCAGAGGUUGUGAUCUUGGUGGUUUGUGGCGGUCCAUGCUUGUGUCUGAGUCUGAGACGUAUCUUUUCGUAUUGAUUAGAGGAAAGCGGGCAGCUGAGACAUGCGCAGUACUCCCUGGUUCCACCAACGGAGGUCCGAGUCGGCUCCUCCAGUCGAGAGACCACGUGAGCCGCCGUCCAUCUCGGCCAAGGAGCAAGAUGAGGUCACGGAGCGACUCUUGAGGCCGACAGAGAGCGCCCUCUAUCGACAGUCUCUCUAUUGGAAGCUGGACAGCUUCAUGGACAGAGGGUUCCACUCGUGGUCAAAGAUGGACCUUUUCUCUGACUGCAAGAGAUGUAUGUGGACGCCAGAUGGCAGCAUCAAGCGGAGCUGCAAGAUCCGUCCUCUCAGGACAUCUCAGGUGGCUCUCCCGCCUCUGAGUGGCCGAAGUCAGCACCACCAUAACGUCUUGUCGACAGAAAGUAACGGUUCUGAGACGACCAGGUCAUCCCUGCAGACACCGUCCACCCCGGCAAGCCAUAGGCACAGCAGAGCACGUCAUCGCCCAAGCAGAGGUCAUGUGACGUGGAGAAUAGGUCUACCCCCAAACGGUACCAACGGAAUUCGAGGUCAACAAACUCGCUGUUCUCUUCCGCUUCCACCCAAGCCAAGUUCUAGACCCGCUACUCAUUACUCUAUCGGUGUAUAGCCACAGCACGUAGGACUUCACCUAAGGAGGCUCUUUUUCAUCAAGUUGUUACCACGAUCAGUAUUUUCAGGCCGUUUCUUUACCAGAAAGAUAUUUUAAAAGAUAAAUAACUUGAGUAUUUACCAAGCUGGUUUACUUGAUCUUUGUCCAACCACUUAUUCCACAUAUCAUAUCCAGCGAAGAUGUCAUAGUUUUAUGUAUUUAACAUUUUCAGAACAUUAAUUCGGUUAUUUGUAUCAACAAUACAUGCGGCAAAGGGAAGUCUCUGUUCCAAAUGCACGUAAAAAGCAACCAACUCAGCUGACCAGCUGACCACAUGAAUUCAAAAUGGUGACCGUUUUGAUAUGUUUUCUAAAUAAGUAGUUUGUAGUUAUUCAUUUCUCCAACCCGAAAAAAAUAGUUGGAUGGUGAAAAAAAAAAGCAUUGUA